AAGGUGAUGCUAGUUCCUCCACCGGCUCCAGUAGUCGUGAAAUCCGCCACAGCUUCUACGACGAAGAAGGAAGAUGGUAAGAAAAGCUCGAAGAAGGGGAAAAAUGCGGCUCCGGAGAAGAAUGUCGCCCCUAUUAAGAACACCACUACGGAGAAGAAUGUGUCGACUACUGCACAGAAACCUGGUGCCAUCAUGAGUAGUGCACGCGACGGUCGAGCGGUCAUCUCCAAAGCCUUGUAG